AUGGGAGUAUUCGCUUUCGGCGUCAUUAAUGCUUACAUGCUUCGUAGACAAAAUCAUCGGUUGGCAGCAGACGCAGUAGCACAUACGGGAGAACAAGGGCCAGAAAUCGUGGAACAAUCAGAUGUUCGGCAGAGUACAAGCGCCACAGAAUCCUCCAAUGUUAUUUGCCAGAUCAAUCAAAAGGAAGAAGGAGAGGGAUUAGAAGCAACUGAUGAGACUCCAACAAGGAGUGCAGGUACAGAAGAUCUAAUGAAGAGGAGUGCCAGUCAGGAGCCGGGAAGAUCCCCCUCUACUACUUCUCAUAAUAGCCAAGGGAUUAGCAGAGCGCGUCGAAAGAGUAGCUCUCUUUCCAGCAGCUUUCGAAGAUUUUUUCGCAAUCGCAGUACCUCUAAAAUACGUGACUCUUUUUCCCCCACCUCUUCAAAUUCCAAAUCUACCAAAAUGAAUCAACGCAACUGUCCUCGCUUGUGCAAAUCUCUCUCCACAUUCUUCAUCAACUGUUGUCAAUGCUGCUCCUGUUGCAAUGGAUGGGGUAAUACUACGGAUUCUCCACCUUAUGCUGACGAAUUCCGCCAUCAUCGCCAAUCUUGGCGGUGCUUAUGCUGUUACUGUGGACCAUGGAAAAAAGGAGAUCGAGUUUCAGCGUCAGAACCUCAACUGUCACCACCACCGCCGACUGUACUUCCUUCAAUGAGGGUUCGAUUCGAGAAUCAGGUUUUCGAGAUGGAGGGAAAUGAUCAUAUUUCUCGACGGAGAGUAAUGGGUGCAAGAUUCAGAGAUGAGGUGGAUGCGAAGAUUAUGGGUGCCAGUCGAGAUGAUCCGGUGAUGAUCGAAAGGAAGCUUAAUGAAGGCGACGUCCAGAAGGGGAAGGAAGAGGACGAACUGAGUGAUUCUUCUGACACUUUCACGAUUGAACCAAAUUUGCGGUUUGCUCGCCAAUUGCCUAAAUAA